CUCACUCUACCACCCCUCACCACCCACAUUCUCUCUCUCUCUCUCUCUCUCUCUCUCUCCUCCUUCUUCUUCUCCCCCUGUCCUAAUUUCCCUCUCCAAAUCCCAAUCUAGGGUUUCCCCAAUCCUCUCCCACUCCCCCAAGUUCAAUCUAUAUCAUCCCCUGAAAUGAAUUAUUAGCCAUGACCACAUCUCUUCUCUACUUCCUCCUCCUCACUCUUGUACCGGCCACCGUCCUCUCCGCCACCGACUCCGAGCUCCGAUCCCUCUACGAGUUCAAGAAAGGGAUCCAGACCGACCCGCUCCGCAAAGUCCUCGACACCUGGACCGACUCCUCCUCCUCCCUCACCCUCUCCUCCACCUCCUGCCCUCCCUGGACCGGCGUCUACUGCAACGACGCCGGCAAUGUCGUCGCCCUCUCCCUCGACGGCCUCGCCCUCGGCGGCGAGCUCAAGCUCCACACUCUCACCGGACUCACCGCAUUGCAGAAUCUCACCCUCUCCAACAACGACUUCACCGGCCGCGUCCCCCCGGCUCUCGGCGCAAUGUCGUCUCUCCAGCACCUGGAUCUGUCCCGCAACCGGUUCUACGGCCCGAUCCCGGCCCGGAUUAACGACCUCUGGGGGUUGAAUUACCUCAACUUGUCCGGGAAUCUCUUCAAGGGCGGCUUCCCGGGGCCGGUGUCGAAUCUGAACCAGCUCAAGGUGCUGGAUGUGCACUCCAACAGGCUAUGGGGCCAUGUCUCCGAGCUGCUUCACGAGUUCCGCAAUGUGGAGUAUGUUGAUUUGAGCGACAACGAGUUUUUCGGAGGGAUUGAGCUGAAUGUUUCGAGCUUGAGCAACACUCUGCGCCACUUGAACUUGAGCCAUAACAAUCUGACCGGCGGGUUCUUGGACGGGGAGUCGAUGGAGUUGUUGAGGAACUUGCAGGUGCUGGACUUGGGCGGUAAUCAGAUCGCUGGGGAGCUUCCCUCGUUCGGUUCGCUGUCCAAUUUGAAGGUUUUGAGGCUGGGGAAUAACCAGUUGUUUGGGAAGAUACCGGAGGAGUUGCUUGAGAGUUCGAUUCCGGUGGAGGAGUUGGAUCUCAGUGGAAAUGCUUUUACAGGUUCCAUCACUGGGAUCAACUCUACAACUUUGAAAGUCUUGAAUCUUUCAUCGAAUGGUAUGUCGGGCACAUUGCAGAAUUUGGAUAUGCGGAGUUCUGUAGUGGUAGACUUGAGCCAAAAUAAGAUUUCAGGUGAUAUAUCAAUGUUGCAGAAUAUGGGUGCUGCUUUAGAGGUUCUCGAUUUCAGUUCAAACAAUUUUUCUGGAAGCUUCACAAACCUGACUUUGCGGUUUGAGAAAUUAACUACACUUAGGCUAAGUGGUAAUUUAUUAGUGGGCUCAUUGCCUUCGAUACUGAAGGCUUGCCCAAGACUCUCCACAGUUGAUUUGAGUCAGAAUGAGUUCAGUGGGUCCAUACCUGGCAGUUUCUUCUCGUCACUGACGUUGACAAAGUUGAAUCUUUCGCAAAAUCACUUAGAUGGGCCAAUUCCUGUGCAAGGCGGACGUGUAAGUGAAUUUUUAGCUCUUCCUCCAGAUCUGCCAGUUGAGAGUGUCGAUCUCUCCAAUAAUUCUUUAUCAGGUUCCCUUCCCCGGGACAUUGGUAACAUGGUGGAGCUCAAGUUGCUAAACGUUGCAAAGAAUCAGUUUUCUGGGGAACUACCUAGUGAGUUGAGUAAACUUGGUAAAUUGGAGUAUCUUGAUUUAUCAGGUAAUAAAUUCAAGGGCGCGAUUCCUAAUAACCUUCCAUCCAGCUUAACUGUAUUUAAUGUAUCCUAUAACGAGCUUUCUGGUCCUGUACCUGAAAAUUUAAAAGGCUUCCCAUUGACUUCAUUUCAUCCUGGAAAUGAGUUAUUAAACUUGCCAAAUGAUGAUCAUGGUAGGUCGGUUCCAGGUCGUAUUCCAGAACAAGGGAAAAGUCAUACUUCAAAGGCUCAUAUUAGGAUAGCAAUCAUUGUUGCUUCAGUUGGAGUUACUCUUAUGAUAGGUUUCGUUUUGUUGGCUUAUCAUCAAACACACCAUAAAGGAUUUCAUGGAAGAAGUAGAUUUGGUGGCGAUAAUACAGGGACAGAUGUUAAGAUUGGCAGAUUCACACGUCCUUCAUUUUUGAAUUUCCAUACUAAUGUUCAGCCUCCACCAACUUCAUUGAGCUUUUCAAACGAUCACCUGCUAACUUCACAAUCCAGAUCAUUGUCAGGGCAGACAGAGUUUGUACCAGAAAUUGGGAAGCCUGUUUUACCUGGAGAAGCAGCAACAAGUUCUACACCUAUAAAUCUUAUGGAUAGCCAGCCUACAACAUCUGGAAGGAAGUCCUCCCCUGGUUCUCCACUAUCAUCCUCACCUCGAUUUUUUGAGGCGGUUGAGCAACCUGUAAUACUGGAUGUGUACUCACCAGAUCGGUUGGCUGGAGAACUCUUAUUCCUUGAUGCUUCUUUGCAAUUUACAGCUGAGGAAUUAUCUCGAGCCCCUGCUGAAGUUCUAGGCAGAAGCAGCCAUGGAACUCUGUACAAAGCUACUCUAGAUAGUGGGCACAUGUUGACUGUGAAAUGGUUACGGGUGGGCCUGGUCAAGCACAAGAAAGAUUUUGCCAAGGAAGUAAAAAGGAUUGGCUCUGUAAGGCAUCCAAACAUUGUUCCAUUACGGGCAUACUAUUGGGGGCCUAGGGAGCAAGAGAGGCUUCUUUUGGCGGAUUAUGUCCAAGGAGAUAGCUUGGCCCUACAUCUUUAUGAGAGCACACCUCGAAGGUACUCCCCAUUAUCAUUCAACCAGAGGCUAAAAGUAGCAAUAGAGGUUGCUCGAUGUUUGCUUUACCUACAUGAUAGAGGCAUGCCCCAUGGGAACCUAAAGCCAACCAAUGUAAUCCUGGCAGGUCCUGAGUACCAUCCUCGCCUUACUGAUUACAGUCUUCACCGUCUAAUGACACCGGCUGGUGUUGCAGAGCAGUUAUUAAAUAUGGGAGCUCUUGGAUACCGCUCUCCAGAACUUGCUACUGCAGCCAAACCAGUCCCUUCUUUCAAAGCUGAUGUUUAUGGUUUUGGGGUGAUUUUAAUGGAAAUGUUAACUAGAAGAAGUGCUGGUGACAUUAUAUCGGGUCAAUCAGGGGCAGUUGAUCUCACAGACUGGGUUCGACUUUGUGAUCAAGAAGGACGAGGAAUGGAUUGCAUUGACAGAGACAUUGCUGGUGGGGAAGAACCCUCAAAAGCAAUGGAUGAAUUGCUUGCAAUAUCACUGAGGUGUAUUCUUCCUGUAAAUGAGAGGCCUAACAUCAGACAAGUAUUUGACAACCUCUGUUCUAUAUCCCUUUGAAAUUUGUGUAAAGCGUCUUGGAGUUAGAUUUUUUAUUUUUGGUUCCUUGACCCAAUUUUUUUUGUUCAUUAUUAUUCUUAUUUUUUUUCCUCCCAAUUGGUUUCUAGCCUUCUGAUUUGGGGCUAAUUAUCCACUUCUUUUUCCUUGGAAUUUUUUCUUGUAAAGGGAUAACCCAUCCAUUGACUAGUUGACGGUGUUUUGAGUUUGAUAUUAAAUUGACAACGAAUGUG